CAAGAGCUCAGACUGGCUGCCCACUUGCUACCGGUAAGCUGCUGCGUUGCUAUCGUGCGUGAUUUCAGUUUACUUACAGAGAAGUUUGCUCCAGUGCUCGUUCUUUUCGUACGAAAUAUAACGGAUUUUUUUGGACGCACCUGUUUAACGCCGAAAAUGAGGAUCUUGUUGGUCGUCGUCGCUGUCGCCCUCAUUCCACUCGUUGCCGGUCGUGACACCGGAGCUGGCCGGCAAUCGUCAGCUUACGAAGACAUCACUUCAUGUCCGGAGCAGUACGGUCUCCAAACUUACGCUCACCCUACCAACUGCGAUCAAUUUUACAAGUGCGCUAACGGCACGCUGACGCUGGAGACUUGCGAAAAUGGUUUGCUGUUCGACGGAGCCGGAUCCGUUCACAAUUUUUGCAAUUACCACUGGGCCACCAACUGCGGCGAACGCGUUUACGAAUUGACUCCAGAUCCGGCUAGAAAUCCAGGUUCCGUUUGUGAAUACGCCUUCGGUCUUUUCAAGCCAUCGGCCGAGUGCGACAUUUUCUAUUAUCGAUGCGCUUACGGCGAGGCCGAAGAAGUGGCUUGCGAGAAAGGCUUGGCCUACGAUGACCGCUCUCAUUCCUGCAACUGGCCCGAUCUCCUUCUCGACAUUGGUUGCGAUCCCGAAAAGGUCGUUGGGUUCCGUUGCCCGGACGUCUCUACCCUGCCACCCAACUCGCUCGUUCGCCAAUUCUUGCCUUUCCCUCGUUACGCUGUUCCCAAUGAUUGCACUCGACUCGUUACCUGUGUUAACGAUUAUCCGCGUCUCAUCAGCUGCGGCUACGGAAGUGCUUUCAAUGAGGACACGCUGACCUGCGACGAUGCGGAGAACGUUCCCCAAUGCGCCAAUUACUAUAAAGAGUAAUUGUGGAGAUGAUGGAUGAUAAAAGAAAGGCGAGAUCCGUUUGAAUUGGCCUUCGUUUUUUUUCAAGAUUUCAACGAGCAAUUUCAAUAUUUCCUUUAGCGCAAUAUAGUUGUGCUGGGGCACAGCUUCGUGCAGAUUUCUUCUUAUUUCUUUACCUUACUUUUGUUUCUUAAUUCAUUUGGCAGAUCCUAUCUAAAAUUAUACGCACUCACACCUUCACGUUUCUAUAUCCUUCACACAAAAAAAGAGAGAGAGAGAGAGAGAGAGAAAGAUUAGGCUAAUCUAUCGAUGACUUCUUUUCCAUUGUGGGUGUACGCACUUGUUCUUCUUACGCGCAUGUACAGCUCCGUGUAUUAUUUCUUUCCGCGACCUCGCCUAUUACCAUCUCUUAUUUUGAAAAGAAAAAUAAUAAGAUAAUGAAAAAAUGGUA